AAUCUUCAGCCUGUUUGGUCAAAGGUUCCUAGGGAUGGCCUGGUAACAGCACAGAUCAUGAGAAGUGGUAUAAACAGCGGCGCAUCAUGGACCCCCCGUUCAGCAGCUUGUAUUUGAGAGGUCUAACCGGCAUCUUCAACGAGAGGGCAGAGAAACUGAUGACUACUCUUACAGAUGUCGCUGAUAACAUGACAGAGGCCAGCAUGCUCCACCUCAUGAACUCUUUUACCCUUGAUGUUAUUGCUAAGGUUGCAUUUGGAGUGGAUUUAGACCUGCAGAAGGAUACAUCGCUUUUCCCUAACGCCAUUGAGACAUGUCUGAAAGGGAUGAUCUACAUAGCCAGGACAUCUUCUUUGAGUACAAGCUGAAGAACCGACCAUUCUUAAGAAAGUGAGGGAAGCUUGCCGCCCUGCUGCG